AUUGGAAAAAAAGGAUGGUCUUCCUAUUCUCUCUCUAGAAAAUGCCUCAAGAUCUCCCUUUCUCUUUCUCUCUCUACCUUAAAUAAAACCCCCCAUAGAUUUCUUCACCAGUCGCCACACCAAUCCUUCUCCUCAAUCUCUCUCUCUCUCUGUGAAGAGUCUCUCUCGAAGCUCAAGAAACGGUAUCAAUGGCUGUCGAAGCUCGGCAUAUGAACAUUUUCCCUCAGUUGAUAAUGAACAGAGAAUGCGUUAAAUCACAAGCCAAUAUGAACCAUGCCCAGAUGGAAUUCGCCGGAGUUCCAGCGACGAACGUCGGCAUGGGGACGUACGGACAGUCCCUCGCCGUUGAUCCCGCCGUCAUCGCGGCUGCGAAAGCCUGCUUCAACAAAUCAGACAGUGGUGUCACGUACAACGUUAAUCCCUCUCCCGUUCCGAGAAAACGCUCCCGAGAUUCUGCGUUCUGCGACUCUGACGCUCUCCUCGCGGCUCAGAACCGCAGGCCCUCCGCGUUCGGGUCGCUGAUCGACCAAGAACUUGCGUCUCAGAUCCAACAACAGCAAUCGGAGAUCGACCGGUUCGUGGUUCAGCAGACGGAGAAGCUGAGGAUGGAGCUUGAAGAACGUCAGCGGGCACAAACGCGGAUACUGGCGUCGGCGAUUCAGAACGCCGUAGCCAAGAAGCUCAAGGAGAAAGACGAAGAGAUCGUGCGGAUGGGGAAACUCAACUGGGUCCUACAAGAGCGCGCGAAGAGCCUCUACGUCGAGAACCAGAUCUGGCGAGACCUGGCUCAGACCAACGAAGCCACCGCCAACACCCUUCGAGCCAACCUGGAACAGGUCCUCGCUCAGGUCGACGGCGCCGCAGUCGAAGACCACCGUCCGUCCGCCGCAGCAGCCGUAGAAGAGGACGCGGAGUCCAGCUGCGGGAGCUGCGGCGAAGAUGAUGAAGGCGGGAGGAAGGCGGAGGUGCGGGGAGGGUGCAGGCGGUGCGGGGAGAGGGAAGCGAGCGUGUUGGUAUUGCCGUGUCGGCAUCUGUGUCUGUGUACGGUCUGUGGUUCAGCUCUGCUACGUGCAUGUCCCGUCUGCGAUACGGUCAUGAACGCUAGUGUACAUGUUAACAUGUCUUGACCACCUUCCCUUUUUCCCCCCAAAUUUUUUUGUUUUUUUUUUUAUUUUUUCUCGUCAGGGAAAAAGGAUAAUAGAAAUGUGAUUUUUUUUUUUACAUUUUGAGAAAAUAGAAAUAUCAUUGAUUCCCUUUGUUUGUAAAGUAGUUUAUUUUGUAAAGAGGGUUUUAAUUUUA